AUGUCGAUUUGGAGUGUUGGGUGGCCGGUGGUUCCGGCAACAUUGGCAGGCCUUUGUGGAGCACGUGCUCGGAAACUUGCCAAAUCCUGUCCUUCGCUUCCUUCCCCAACCAGGACAGUGAACCCUGGCACUGGGGAAUGGGUCAUUCCAGAGGACUUCCCAAAGCCCAAAGGCAUUGAGCAAACGGCAAACUAUGCUGAAGCCAAAGCGCUUUCAGACAAGCUCAAAGCUUUGGACGGCCAGGCCAAAGCAAAGACCAUCGUGGUGAUUGGUGGUGGUCUGUCUGGUUUAGCAUGUGGGAAAUACCUCUCUGAUUCUGGACACAAAGCUGUCGUUUUGGAAGCACGGGACGUCCUGGGUGGCAAGGUCUCUGCAUGGCAAGAUGAAGAUGGUGAUUGGAUAGAGACCGGCCUUCACAUUUUCUUUGGUGCUUAUCCCAACAUGAUGAAUCUCUUUGCCGAGCUUGGAAUUGAGGAUCGUCUUCAGUGGAAGCGGCAUCAGAUGACAUUCGCCAUGCAAGAGUUUCCUGGAGAAUUCACCACUUUUGAAUUCCCGGGUUGGCCAGCCCCGCUGAACAUGGCCGCAGCCAUUCUGUUGAAUCAGAAGAUGCUCUCCCCGUUAGAGAAACUGCAGACGGGUCCACCUUUGCUGCCCAUGCUCGUUGAAGGACAACGCUUUAUAGAUGCGCAAGACGAGUGUUCAGUCACGGACUUUUGUAAAAAGUACGGGAUGCCAGACCGAAUUAUCAAGGAAGUCUUCAUACCCAUGGCUAAAGCAUUAGACUUCAUUGAUCCAGACAAGCUGUCCAUGACCGUGGUGCUUACUGCCAUGAACCGCUUCAUCAACGAGACAGACGGGAGUCAAACAGCUUUCCUGGAUGGGAAUCAGCCAGACAGGCUUUGCAAGCCUAUCGUGGAACAUAUCCACCAGAGAGGUGGAAAGGUUCGACUUGGAGCGGUCAUAGAAGAGAUUGUUUUGAAUGAGGAUGCCUCCGUGAAGCAUCUCCGUUUGCGUGGAGGUGAGGUUUUGGAGGCUGAUGAAUACGUGUCAGCUCUGCCAGUGGAUGUUUUCAAAAGGCUUCUGCCGGCUCAAUGGUCCAGCAUGCCAUUCUUUCGCCAGCUCGACAAUCUGGAGGGUAUUCCUGUAAUCAAUAUCCACCUUUGGUUUGAUCGGAAACUCAAGAACAUCGAUGCCCUAUGCUUCAGUCGCAGUCCUCUCCUCUCUGUUUAUGCUGAUAUGAGCACUUGUUGCAAGGAGUACUAUGAUGAGGAGCGUUCAAUGCUGGAGCUUGUCUUUGCACCCUGUGCUGCUAUUGCUGGCAGCAGUGUGAAUUGGAUUGCAAAGAGCGACGACGAAAUUGUUGAGGCCACCAUGAAAGAACUGGAGCGGCUCUUCCCCACCGAGAUUGGUGAGAAGUUAGCUGACGGUGCACGUCUGCGGAAAUCUCGAGUGGUGAAGGUGCCUCGAAGCGUCUAUGCAGCAGUGCCUGGGCGCAACAAAUUCCGUCCUUCCCAGGCUACACCCAUCAGGAACUUUACCUUGGCAGGGGACUGGACGAGUCAGAAAUUCCUGGGUAGCAUGGAAGGUGCCGUUCUUGCAGGCAAAUUGGCGGCGCAGGUGGUCUCAGAAAGGGCCCUAUCCAUCCCCAGUCAGGUGAAACGAGUGGCUGACUUCAUCAUAGAGCAGCCAAGCAAAGCACCUGAAGGUAUCCAUGGUUCCUCAGCUUUGGCCUUUGGUGGAGGAACUCAGAUGAAAGCUCAGGACUUUGAGGAGCUUCGACGACAGGACUGUGUGUCCUUGGAGUUCUCGAAGCUGGCAGGCUUGCAGUCCUUAAGAGCCAGCUCUUUCGUUAUGCCUCUGCCAGCCACUGAGACGAGAGGACGAGGCCAGGACACUGGUGGGGGUCGCGACCGCGAUCCACCACCAAGCUAUGAUGGGGAGAAUCUGGAAACCACAUUCCGGAGCUAUGAAAAGCAGGUGAGCCUUUGGCAGUUCGAGACGGAGGUGCCGAAGGCCAAGCGAGGUGUGAAGCUGCUUCGCCAAUUGAGUGGAGCGGCUGCCAAUGCCUUGGACGACAUAGAGGCCGCGGUGUACGGGGCUCCAAGGCCCAGCAAGGAGAGCUUUGCGGAGUACACGAAGCGCACGGAGAGAACGCUGGACAAGGUCAUCCGAGAGAAGGUAAAGGGUAGCUACAUCCUGGAGGAGAGCUUUGUCACGGAGGAUCCGGCGGGUGGCACCUUCGACCAGGAGACGGCCCAGAUUUCAGAGCCGUUGAAGAAGAAAGGAGCACCCGUGGGCACUAGCUUCGACCUGCAGACCGGCUGGGGCCUUUCCAGAGAAGAUCGUCGACGAGAGAUGUGGAGAGUUUUGCGAGAAGAGCGGCCAGAGGUCCGACCUCAUUGUUUCGCCACCGUGUACGGCCUUCAGCAAGCCAUCAACUGGGGUGGUUGCAAAGGCCAUCAUGAGCUACCUCGAGAAGAGUACGUGACCGCCUACGCCAUGGAGGAGCUGGAGGACGAAGAGAUUGAAGAGGAGGCCAGUGGAGAAGGACCUGGAGACUAUGAGCUCAGCGAGGAAGAGAAGAGGGUGGCCCAAUGGGCCACCAAGCACUUUCGGUGCGACGUGUGUGAGUCCAAAGCACACCCAAAGAUACCGCGGCCGACCGCUCUACCUCGGGCUUAUCAACCAAGUCGAGUCCUGGGCAUGGACCUCUUCUAUACCCGUCACCGGGAGUUCAUGGGCAAGUUCAUCAACCGGGCAGCGGCUGAAGGCAUCGUGGUGCAUCAAAUCGCAUCAAAAGCUCCGUGGCAACAAGGCAAAACUGAACGACACGAAGGUCACUUCAAAGAACUCUUGGACAAGGCCCGGAGUGAAGUGGUGGUGCAAAGCCAGAGGGAUCUACAACGCUUGAUGGCGGAAGUCGAAACGACCAAGAACCGGUACUCCAACCGGCGGUGGUCAGCGAACGCCAAGAUCGAAGAAUUCCAUCGAGGGUCACACCGCACUGGCUACAAGGACAUCGCCCAAGAAGACUGGAAGAGGGCGACGAUCGAGCCCAAGAAAGGUCACGGAAUGAAGGUGAAGAAGGAAGGAGAGGCGCCAGGAGAACAUCCAGACCGGGGCAUUCGACGGGCUAUGAGGGAGUCAGACAAGGGAAGUCAUGGAAGACGACUGGGACAAGCCCACAUGGAAGAUGGCCGAGGGCUGGUGGAGAGGGCGCGCUCAUUCUACAUCAAGGACAAGGGGGAGACGCUGAACUACCUGGCGGAGAAGAAGGGCCAAAAGAGAGUCACCAUUGAGGACAUCAUCCAGUUGAACGAGGCCGUGGCAGAGUUGAAGGAGAAGGCGUCCUUGAGCCUGCAGAUUCAGCCUCUGAAGAAAAUGAGGAUGAGCGUGGUGACAGAUGCGUCAUUUGCCAACAACGGCUUUCACUCCCAAGGUGGACAUCUGGUACUAGCGCAUGAGAGAGGCCUUCAAGAUGGACUUCAAGCCACGACCAACAUCGUGGCAUGGCGCAGCGGAAAGCUGCAGAGGGUAGUUAACUCUACCCUGGCGGCGGAAACCCAGAGCUUGUCACGCAGGCUCGCCGAGCUCAUGUGGGUGAUGGUUCUCGUCCAGGAGACCCAGGACGGGAAGUUCAAUGUGAAGGCGUGGCGGCAGCGGGUGGAGGCCGAGCUCAUGGUGAUGAGUUCUGAGCUCACUGAGGGGGCCUUGAAAGAGUCUCUAGCCGUCCUCUACAUUGUUUGUCCAAAGACACUUUGGGCCGCCAAGACCGGAGGACCGCCAUAG